AUGUUUCCCGGUGGAAUAUUGAAAGUCAAAUGUUCGCCAGAUGUAGCCAAAUUUCCGUUUGACAUUCAAACCUGUUCUCUCGAAAUUCUACCAUGGAUGUACACCACUUUGGAUACAUUGUUUACGGCAGUCGCUUCCGAGUUAGAUUUGACCUACUAUGAAGUAAAUGGCGAGUGGACAGUGCUGGAAACUAGUAUAGAAACAGGCAAGAAAGGGGACUACAGCGUUCUAAUAAUCAGCAUCAAAAUGGAGAGAAUUCCGCUCUACCAUAUUGUAAAUACAUUGGUGCCGAUGUAUUUCCUUGGCUUCCUUAACCCGCUUGUCUUUAUCCUGCCGUGUGACUGUGGAGAAAGGUCCGGAUUCACAUUGACCAUGCUGCUGUCAUACACUGUAUUCAUGAUGGUCAUCAACGCCGCCCUGCCCCAGACGUCAAGUCCAAUGGCCGUGCUCUCGUUCGUGACGUUUGGAGCGCUUGUCUUUAGCGGAAUCAUCACAGUUCUGAAUUGCUUUCAAUUGCGCAUGUUUCAUAGAGAUGAAAGCGUUCCCGUACCAGCUUGGCUUGUGAGGUUGGUAAAACUUCUCUCAUGUUCUGGUACGAGGAGAAGGGUGAAACCGGAUGUUGUUGUAAAUGUUGAAAAUGAAGAGAUUUCCAGUUCGAAUAGUGUCGUUACGUGGAAGAGGGUUGUUGAUGUAUUAGACAUCUUUUAUAUAACUGUGAUUUACAUCACCGGUAUCAUCGGCACUAUCGUCGCCACGGUUUACCUAACCUCCAAGUAA